UCUUCUAACCCCGGCAGGUGCCACGCCCGCAACAGCUCAACCCAGGGGCGCCGGCCUUCACGCCGCGCUCCUCGGCCUACAUUGCUCCUUCAAGCCUACCAAUGACCAUGCAGCAAGAACAAGAACAAGAACAACGACCACAACCGCCUCUCCCGCUCCUCAACUCCAUCCAGCCCGACAACAGCCGAUCUCCGACCCUCCCGCCUCUGUCCCUGUCCGGCCCUAUAUUCGCCCCGGUGCGGCCGAAACAACCACAACUGCCAACGCCAACACCCCACGUUCAGUUCUUCGCCACUACCGCGCCGGUGUCGGUGUCGGUGCCAGUGGUCAUGAUGCCGUACGCUCCCGUGUUUCAUGCCGAGCAUACAACGAUGCAUUGGGCGAUGCCGAUACCGGCUAAUUUGUCCUCGUCUUCACCUUCGCCGCCCUUACCGGUGGUGAGGGGAAGACGGUUCGAGAGUAGUGCUGAGUUUAGUAGUAGUGUAGAAGAUGGGGGACAGGGGACCCAUGAGCCAUGCCUAGCGCUAGAGGAAAUGAAAGGGCUGGAGCGAGGAGGAGGCAACAACGAGAAAGGUGGUGGCGAUGAAGAAAGAAACAAUAAGUCGAGGGAUUCUUCCACUACGAUGAGUUUCUCUUCGAAUUUGCUUGCAGGGGAGGGGCUCAGAUACCCUGUGUAUUCGAGAAGGGUACAAUCCAGGAGCGAGCCGGUCGCAUUUGCUUCGGGGUCUGGCUCCUCCUCCUCGUCUGGGUCGCAUUCAGGAGGUUGACCCGUGAAUUUCGGGUAUCGACUGCUCUGGAUUCUUUGGCUUUUUAUCCCGUUUUUUUCUUUCCCCUGCGGCCGAUUAGGUGAUAAAGAUGGGAUAUUCUUACUCAUCAUAACUGUUACUGUCAUCGAUACAAGUUUUCGGGGUGUUAUCUGGUUUGCCUUCACAGUCUAUCCCUGGUUCGGCAGAUACAUGAUAGAGGUUGACGAAGUAGAUUAGAUGUCAUGAUGAUGAAAGAAAUGGGGUGAGCAAAAUAUGUAGACUAGACAGGCGGAAUGGGAAAAGUUUAUGGGCCUUGUUAUGAGAGGUGACGGUUAAAGGAGGGCCACAGGGCAGAUUGGGUCUUGAAACCGAACAUGGAAAUAUAUCAGUGUGUCAGAAUGAAAAGCUUUGUUGAUGACCAUCCCAUGACGGAUAAUCGGUUCUCGGUAUUCAGUUAGAUGUCAGAUUA